AAUGUUUAAGAAUUAACUGCUAUCAGCUCUUCUCUCUAUAUGCUCUUUAUUUUUCAUUUGAUAUAUUUUAUCCAUUGGGAAAACGAUGAAUUAUUUUAACAGAAUUUGUCUUACAGUUAUUUUAAUAUAUCAGGUACAAUCAAAUACUAAUUUCAGUAGCGCCGAAAAAUCCACUGGGGAGACAACUGUCUAUAGUGGCAUUUCAAGUACAACUGUAGUACCUUCGAAGAGAACUACAAGAUAUGGAUUUACUUUAAGACCCUGUAGUAGAGGAUACUAUGGAUAUGGCUGCUUUCUUAAAUGUAGAUGCCUGAAUCCUUCGGAAGCAUGCGACACGCUAACUGGGAGAUGUUCGAAUUGUCGUCAACCGUUUACAGGACCGGGCUGUAAUGAAGUUGAAUUCAAAGGAACACCCUCUAUAACAAUCGUUUUGGCAUUGAUGGUUAUUAUCUUAAUUGUUAGCUCUCUCUUGUUACCUUUUAUAAAACCGAAGAGGAAAAAACAGCUACUCAAUCAACCAUUAGUUUCAAAUGUAUAUUUUCGGCAAGCUGCAAUAGAAGUUCCACCAACAUUAAAUUCAGGCAAUAACAACGAUGGGUACGAGGAACAAGAAGCACCUAUUGAAAAUGACUAUGCUAAUAUUCCCAAGAGCACUUCUUUUAAUGUAGCCGACUCAGAGUCCUAUACAGAUUCAAUGCUUUCGCCCAAUGUACCCAGAAUUAGCGAAUUGGAUAUUCAAGUUAUGUCCGAUAUAUUAGGAAAAGGUCGAUUCGGUGAUAUUUUAAGUGGAUUUAUUGUGGAAGGAGGAAAACGUAAAAGAGUUGCUUUUAAGACACUAAAAGAUGGUGCUAGGAAAGAAGAAAGAGAGAAUUAUUUAGCUACAAUCGAAGUGUAUUCUUCGUUAGAACCACAUCCGAACAUAAUAAAAUUUUACGGCAUUUGCUUCGUUGAUGGUCAAUUUUUUUCCGCCUUCCAAGAAGCUGAUAAUGGAAAUUUGAAAAAUUUUUUAAAGAUACACAGGGUAGACGAAGAUCUUGUAAAUCCAAAUAUGCUAUUAAAGUACGCGCAAGACGUCGCCACUGGGAUGUGCUACUUAGUGAAUAAAGGGAUUAUUCAUGGUUCAUUACAAGCCAAGAGAAUAUUAGUUUCUAAAGAUUAUACUGCAAAAAUAACAGGCAUUCAAAGAUUGAAAGAAGAUUAUGGUUACUGUAAUAUACACGAUAAGGAUCCUAGAAUAAGAUGGUUAGCUCCAGAGAGUCUUACAGAAAAUAUUUCCAAUAAUUACACGGAUGUAUGGUCUUAUGGCGUUUUGCUAUGGGAAAUUAUGUCUAUAGGAGAACAGCCGUACACAAAUGUUAAAACUGAAGACGUAUUUAAUUUAUUAGAAACUGGCUAUUUUCUAGAAAAACCAGAGAACUGUAAUAAGACAGUAUAUGCACUUAUGAAAUGGUGUUGGAGUAGAGAUCCUUUGGAAAGACCAAGUUUUAUAGCGCUAAGUGACGGUUUCUUUGAAAUAUCCAGAUCUGGUCAGCUGCAUAAUACUUCUGAAGCUAUAUCUCCAGAGAAUAUGAAAGGCGAUAGACCCUACGAUGAGCCUUCAAACCUUAUUACUUCUACACCAAAAAAGGAAAAAGAUGAAGCCGAAAAUGUUUACAGCGAAAUUGUUUUCAAUCCUACAACGCAUAAAUCAACUGAAGCGUAA